CAGGCAACGGCUCACAACACGCAGGACUUCAGCCCACAGCGCCUUUGGGAAAACUCUUUGGAAGACUUUGGCUAACUUAUUUGUAGCUUAAAAAACAGUAGACAAAGAUAAAAGAACGUUACUAUUAUUUAACAAUUUUUCUGAUCUUUAAUUUAUUUUUAAUAAAUAACUGGGUAAGCUCAGUAUUGAAGAUGUUCUUGAUUGACUUUCGUUGACUAAAUCGUUUUAAUUAGUGUAUUUAUAUGCGUGAUGUGCCCGUUUUGACGCUUUUACUCGCCUGAAACUUCUUGAAAGAAAUAAUUAGCUAGAAAUGUAUGACAAAGCCCCAAGGGUCACCUGUGCUACGGUAGGAAGCACUGCACCUGCAGUGGGACCCGGUUCCUAUGACGUGAGAAAAUUCGAGUCAAACAAAGCAGAUUGCUAUGCCCCAUUUCUGUCCCUUUCGAGCAGAGAAACGCUUUUUAACCCUUCAAAUGCAGAUGUCGCUGCUCCUGGCCCAGGCCAAUAUGAUGUUUCACCUCUAAAGAAGCAUAUUCUGGGUGGAAGGAGCAUUCAGAACAGGUCCAAACGUUUCGAAGAGCAUUUUUCCGAUGUGCCAGGACCCGGAUCUUAUGAUGUUAUUCCAGCUGUGUCAGGAGUGAGAGCAGGAAAACCUGUGGAAGACACACCUGCAAAAAGAAGCUUGAGAAAGGGGGCAUCGAGUCGUAUCAGAUACCUGCAGAAACGUGACAUUCCUUCAAUCCCCUCCCCGGGGCAGGCCUAUGGAUAUGAGGAAAACGAAGAUGGCGUGCUCCACAAGCAGCCCCCACAUCCUAGGGAUGAAACCCUGGGACCAGCUUUCUACAAUCCUGGGCCGAUUGAAUCCUAUGCAACUCAGAAGUACAAAGGCGUGCAUUUUGGAAACCAGACUGCAGCACGCUGUGAGCUGAAAGUGAAAGAGGGGCCAGGACCAGGGGAGUACGACCUAUUGGAAGAGAGUGCACUACAUUAUGAGCACGUCAAUAUCAGGAAGGAAGAGCAGAAGCAGGAGCUCUUUAUCCCACGGUAUCACGAAGUGGUGGCGCUGCAAGAGGAGAAGAAGGGUGUACCUGGUCCCGGCAAAUAUGAAAUUAAAAGCCAGUUUGACACGUCAAGCACUUCUCACAAUGGUGUUCCAGCUCAGAACCCACCAUUCUUGUCCCAGGCACGGCGAUUUGCUCCCGUCAAGUCGGAGACUCCAGCUCCUGGUGCUUACGAUGACCCACGUACAGCCUUGGAGAGGUUAAGGAAGAUCACAGGGAUGAAGAAGAGCCCCUUUGGCGUCACUGCUGUGCGCUUCACUCCUGUCUCCAGGAAGACGAUCACGCCAGGCCCAGGAGCUUACAAUUUGUUUAACUAUGGUGUUGCACAAGAAAGCCUUAAAAAGGCAUACCUGGAAACCACAAGAAAAGGAGGAUUUGGGUCAACAGCAUGCCGAACCCCUGCUUUUGUAACUAAACAUGAAGCCAUGCUUCCAGGGCCAGCUGAGUACCAGGUGAAGAGCACAGUGGAGGAGAGAUACAAGAAACAUCACUCGGCUGUAUUCAGGUCAGCAACUGAAAGGCUGCAAACUCCCCUAAUAGCAAAGGACACACCUCCCCCAGGCACCUAUGACAUUGGGAAAUCUUUUGAUAAAACACACAGUAAAAGUGUUUAUGUCCCACCUCGCACCGAAGGAGCGAAGAGGAGACAGAGCUCCUUCCUUAGUGCUGCUUCCAGGCUUCCUGCUUUUAUCAGAUUUGAUCCAGAUAUACCAGGUCCUGGCCAGUACAGUCCUUUGAUGAAGUCAAGUCCAAAGAUGGCUUUAAUAGGGUCCAAAGACGAUCGUUUCAAGGAACCUAAAGGAUCUACUCCAGGGCCUGGAGCCUAUGAGCUGAGCCCAGUCAUAAUGGACACAGUCCUGAAAGGGACAUUCAAUGCAACCCUGAACAAUCCCCUGAUGAAUCAUGGAGACUGCCUGAAGUCCCAGUCCUCAGCACAGCACCCAUUUGCUCUCAGCACUGGCUAGGAUUGGUGUAAGGUGGGAAGUCUUUGUGCAGUUGGAAUGAAUAAAACCCCAACACUGUUUUAUUCUUGGCACUGAAAUAAAUUCUAAGUAAAAUGAAUGCCUUUAA